AUGCCCACAAUGCUGGAGGAUCCCACAGCGCCGGUCAUUUAUCGCACUUCCGGCGCUCCACCUUACCCUGUACCUUCAGACUCAUCACUGCCAGCCACCAUAGGCCCCCGCCAAGUCACGCUCAGAGAUCGUGUCACCAUUGCGACCAUAAUGCCUUUCUCGACUCCAUCUGCCAUACCAGAAAGGCUGCUGCAAUACCUUUGCGAGGUUCUGAAUAUUGAAAUUGAGAAGGGGGAUACUUAUCCAAUGACACAGGCUAUGAGCGUGCCCACUUUCGCAACCUAUUGGUUCCAAAACUUCGGCGCUGUGAUGUUGAUGGGUAAUGUAGCUGAUGCUGCGCAAGCUGCUCGAAUGGAAGAAGAGGGUGCUAGAUGGGAAGAGGUCUGCCUGGGGAGCUUCUAUGUCAAACCGAAUUACCCUGGACGGAGCAGCCACGUCUGCAAUGGAGGUUUCAUGGUUACGGAGGCAGCAAGGAAUAAAGGUGCUGGACGAUUGAUGGGGGAAAUAUACCUGGAAUGGACACCAAAGCUCGUAAGGAUCCCAGUCCCUUGGGCUUGCGGUGCAGUUCUGACUGACCCAUUACAGGGCUAUACCUACAGCGUGUUCAACUUGGUGUACGAAACAAAUGUUGUUUCAUGUCGCAUUUGGGAUGCAUUAGGCUUCAAGAGGAUAGGGCGUGUCAAAGGAUGUGGAAACCUUCGGUCUAAUCCUGACGAGCUCGUAGAUGCUAUUAUCUAUGGUCGAGACUUAGGACCAGACGCGGAAGAUUAUGUGUCUGAAGAACGCUUUGACAAGAUCAGAUACUACCUCAAGCACGGCAAAUAUCCGGUUGGUGCUGAUCGAGCGGAGAAAAGUCGACUGAGAAGCGCUGCAACUCACUAUAAGCUUGUACCAGGCGACGAUGGUGAUGAAGGUGAAGACAGUGAAAAGUUGAUGUUGAAGGAUAAGGAAGUCAUCAGUGAUCCGCAACGUCAGUAUGGCAUCGCGCGGGAUUUGCACGCUCAGCAACACGGUGGAAUCAACAAGACUACUGCAAUGAUUGCAGAAAAGUAUCAUUGGGUGCGUAUUAAAGAAACAGUCAGCCUGGUAAUCAAAAAUUGCCCAGAUUGUAAAGAUACUCAAGUAAGGCCUCCCGCUUCACGAUCAGCAACCAAGUAUCAGACCUCGACGCCCCGACAGCAGAGAGCCGCGCCUCCAGAUCCAUCAUUUAUCGAUCAGCUUUUACGUUUCGACAAUCCUACGUCUCAAGGCGCACAUGGCGCACCUGCUUCGAAUAUUCGACAAUCACAGCAACAGCACACUGCUCCCGUUGCGACAAUGGGAUCAAGCGAGGACUACGCUGGUAUCCCCCUAGAUCCUCAAAUCGUACAGAGUCACCAGAGCACGACACCUGACUUUGCGGAAGGUCUAAGAAAAGUCGCUGAAUUCAGUCGUUCAAUACGUCCUCCGGAGACCCGCAUGGAUACAACCAUGGAUCUUGGAGAUCACCAAGCACAUCAACAUGCUGACACUCGGAUGGCAACCGAACGACAUGUGAGGCAAGGUGAUGACCCUAUGGCGUACCAGGAUUCGGAAGGGGCUUUGCAUAACCUCGCUUCUAACGAACGUCAAGCAGACGUUCAAAUGACAGACCACUUUCAGGUCGACCAACAAGGCCAGUGA